GAAAACAAGCUCAUCUUCCCUGUCUCCGUAGGGGCCGGGAUCGUUGGCAAAUUUAUGCAGGGCAAUCACAGGAUGACGCCUGGUACGCCGGGUUCGGACUUGGCUCUCAAUGGUUCCAUUGUCUUUGAUAUCGGUGGAACCGAGAUAUGA